AUGGUUAGCACAUCUAAAUGGCUAAGCACCGUUGAAACAUUCAUUGCAUCAUCUGAAUUGACCGGUGUCACAUGUAACGUUUAUAAUACCCAAUCUCAGGCACCAGCAAAUGACCUCAAUGCUAUCUGCGGCUGUAAAAGAUAUAUAAGAAAUCAUAGUUACACGGACAACGUAGAAACACCGCCCAAGGACAAGUGGAACUUACUAAAUAAUGCAGUUUAUGUACCUGUUACGUAUGGAAUACGAAAAAAUCAAUCAAAAUUCAUUCGAUGCGUAACUCGCCAGCCCGAAGAUAUCAUUUCUCUAUAUGAUUUCAUUAAAUUAGAUUGUCAAGAGCCGAAUUUAAUUGUGAGUUGUUAUGGUGGUGCCAAAUACUUCACGAUGAAUAAAGAUUUGGAAAAGGAAUUUAUGAUUGGGAUUGCACAUGUAGCCACAACAAAAGGCUACGGCGUCACCAUAAUUGUUGAAGGAGGAUUGCACACAAGUGAAGUUAUCGACAAUGAUUUGCAACAUCGUCGACCUGUUGUUAUUAUUCAGGGCAGUGGCAGAAUGGCUGAUGUUAUUGCAAAUCUCUUGGAUCUUACAACUAGAAAUGAACAAACAUCACCGAGUGCACGACCAUCAGACGAUGAAAUCAAACGCGAAUUAAAACGUAUGUUUCCCGUUUGGCCGCACACAUCGGUAUUCUCCAAACCCGAAGAUAUUCUGCCGAUCAUGAAUAGUAUUAUGAAUCCGUCAUUAAGAAUAUAUCUUAAUAUCUAUCAUCUCAAUGGCAAUACAACGUUAACGGAAACAAUAUUCAAUGCCGUUUUUAGAGCUAAAUUUGCAGACAAGGAUAAAAAGCAGCAGGCUCAGCGAUCAACAACCGAUCAACAAAUAUCAGUAGAUGAUGAAACCACAGUGGAUCGUAAGCUUUUAAAUUUAGCUAUAAAGUGGAAUUGUAUUUAUGGUGCAAAAGAGAUUUUAGAAGAAAAACAGGAUAUUUAUAAAGAUAAACUAUUUUUACAAGUGACACCGUCAUUCCAAUCACCAAUGCAGGAGACAACCUUUGAUAUUAGAGUCAAAUAUGCAUUAGGCUUAAUUUUAGGACUGUACGGAGCAGUUUUGAAUGAGGAACACGAGACUGAUCGUCGACGGGUGCUCCGCGUACCAAAGAGCAUUGAUGAUUUGGAUGUCGAAUACAGAAGAUGGAUCGGACCUUUCUUAUUUUCACUUUAUAGUAAAAAAACUUGGUCACAACGACUGAAACAGGACUGUAGCAGAGUUGUGUCUAAAACUAAGAGACACCUCUGUGCAUGCAUGCACAUUGACGAUGUCCGUGAUAAUAAAAUUACAUCAGAAAGCGACAAAACUGUAUUACAGACGGUGAAUAGGACUCCAACCGAUGGUGCUCAGUCAGUCAGAAGUCUGAUGGUUAGGCCAGGCGAAGCAGCCUAUGCAACAUUUUUCAAGAUGCCAAACUGUAAAUAUGGCGAACAAGAAAUGCUAAGGGACCUGUAUUUAUGGGCCAUUUUAAUGAAUCGUGUUAAGAUCGCGAAAGUGUUACUUCUUCACAUCAAACCGCGCAUUUGCGCUGCUCUUAUUGGCUCAAUCAUACUUAAUCGUUACUCAAACCAUUGCAUCAAGACAGACGAAAAAAAUAUGUAUAGACAACAGGCAUUGGAAUUAGAAAUCUAUGCAACAGAGUGUAUUAAUGCUUGUUACCGAAACAGCGAACGAAAAGCGUGUGAGUUACUUCUAAGAGAAAUACCGUUAUUCGGAAAUGUGACAUGUAUGCAGGUCGCCAUAGCUAAUCGAAGUCAUUAUGAGGAAAAAACAGCAGCAAGUGAAGCGAGCGGUAAUGUAACGAUCGAUAACAAUUCGGUUGGACGUCGAAAUGGUCUUGGCAAGAAUUUUGUGAAUACGGAUUGUUUUGAUCAAGCCCUGCGCCGUAUUUGGUACAAUAAGCUGGAUAAUUCAAACCAAAAUUACUCGGCAAAACCAAAGAUUUUAUUUUGUCUGUUAACUUUAGGAUUAGCAGCACCAUGGCUCAUCUCGUAUAGGCCUAAAAAUGACAUUAAAAAUGAAUUUGGAGAAAUUGAAUUAGCUAAGAAGUAG